UAUAUUUUUGAAAUAUCUGUCUGUUUUUGUGUAUGAAGAUUGAUUUUAAAAUUUUCCCAAAAAAACUCAUAAAUCGUCGUUUAUUCUUGAAAUUUUAUUUUCAAAUAUUAACAACAAUAAAAACAAAAGUAACCACAAACAAAAAAGAAUGUCGCAAAGCAUAUCUGCAGCACCGCCAAUGCACGACAUACCGUUGUCCGGUGCCGAAGAACGUGGCGACGCGACAUGCGAAGCAGACAAAGCGAACAACUCGAAGGCCAAUUCGUUAAAGCGUUUCUUCAAAUUGACACAUCGACGACAUAACGGUGGCGAAGAGAUGCCAACAGGUUCGUGUGAUGUGCUGCCCGAAGAUGGUGGUGAGCCAAAAGACGAACUUGGCAAGGAGGAAGCAGACAAAGAUGGUGACUUGGAUAAGCCAAAGGAGCAUGCGAGACGCUUUAAUUUGCGCCUAGGCAGCGUUACGCGCAUCGCGGAACACGCUAAUACCGCCAACUUCAUGCACAACGCACCGAGUCGACAUUCGUUGAAGAACUCGAUCUCCAGCUAUUGGCAUACGGUAUUCCGACGUGCAAGUAAGAAAGCUGCUAAGCAAAAGUCUGGCCAGAACGAUGACGAUGACGAGGGUUGUGAUGAUGUGGAAGAGGAGACCAACGAUACGGAAUUGGAUGAAGAGUUGCACACACUACCGAUCUCAGAUGAUACCAUCGAGCAGGUGACACAAGCAAACAAGUAAAAGAGAGCAUUUAAACAACAUAAUGAAGGAAGCGAGGAAGGAUAUAAGAUGCUUACGCAAGCAGUUGAAAAAUUCGUGGCGUAUAAACUCAACUGGUGGUAGUGUGGCGACUUAGAAACUCUCGGUUUAUGCAAAAAUCUUUGUGUGCAUUUUUAUUGUUUUCAACAUUUUAUUUAGACCCAAUGUCACAAUGCGAUUUUAUGCUAUUUGCGGCAAAUUUAUUUUGUUUGGAAAAUUUGUCAUUAACACACAUUUUAAACAAAGGAAACAUCUUUUCAUUGCAUAUUUUAAGGAGUGCAUGUGAAUUGAAGAAUAACUGAUA